CCAAACAUGAGCACAUAGAAAGGCUCUUCUGUCAUCCUUGCCUUCCAAGCUUAAUGUCUAACUCCGGUGUUCUUUACUGUUUCACUCCCGGUACCUUCCGCAGACACUGAGACAUGUCCUGUUUGUUAAUCAUCCUGUGGAAACACAUGUCCACAGUGUAAUGCAGUGGCCUGAGGACAUUUGAUUUCUUCUGACUUUUUUAAUCUAAAGUCUUACAAUUUUCCUGAAGCUGUCAAAUGGCAGGCCUGCAGAUUGUGGCUUUCCUCAGUGGUCUGGUGGGGCUGGGCGCCAUUAUUGGUGCUACAGUAUCCAAUGAAUGGAGGGCCACCAGCCGGGCAUCCUCAGUCAUCACGGCGACGUGGGUGCUGCAGGGUCUAUGGAAAAACUGUGCUGGAAAUGCCAUUGGAGCUCUGCACUGCAGGCCUCAUCACACCAUCUUUGGGCUGGAAGACUACAUCCAAGCGUGCAGAGGAUUGAUGAUUGCGGCCGUCUGCUUGGGCUUUUUUGGGUGUGUGUCUGCACUUGUGGGGAUGAAAUGUACAAAAAUUGGAGGAAGUGACCAAAGCAAAACCAAAACCACUUGUUUUGCUGGGAUCAAUUUUGUUCUUGGUGGUCUCUGCUCUAUAGCUGCGUGCUCCCUCUAUGCACACCGCAUAACAUCAGAGUUUUUCAACCCUUUCAUUAUAGAUCAAAAGUAUGAGCUGGGAGCUGCUCUCUUUAUAGGGUGGGCGGGGGGCAUCCUCUGUAUUCUGGGAGGCUUCGUUCUCUGUUCUUCUAUCACAGAAUCUUUUUCUAAAAGUCACAGUCAGGCGAACUGCGUCUACAAAGGAGCUCCCUCUCAUUCUCACAUAACCUCCAUCACAAGAGUCCCGGCACAAGCGGCAAACCCGAGGCCGUCUGCCGCCAACAGCAAUGCCUCCAGGGCUCAGUAUUUUGAUAAAAAUGCAUAUGUGUGAACCAGGUGAACAUAAACCAUCUAUAUAGUGAAAGAUACUGUUACCUCUUGAAAAUGAAAAGCCACAGAAAGUGGAAGAAAUACAGCAAACCUGGCAGGUUCUAUUUGACACGGAAAUCAUUUCUGAUUUGCAGCUUAUUGAUUUCAGGUGUAAAUUGUGUUUUUUUUUAUGACGUUUUUCAGAUUGAAAUCUUUUCCACAAUUAGGUUUUCUGCUUUUCCUUAUUUUGUUAAAAUGUUGAAAUCAAAUACAUGUUGUUUUCUGUGGUAUAGAUUUAAGAAAUUGUGACUCUAGAAGCCUUCAAGUGGAAUAAAAGAAAAAUAAAUGGAAUUCGUCACAUCACAGACGA